UGUUACCACUGUGGAGAAAAAGGACAUUGGGUCCCAGAGUGCCCCUUGCGGACAAGAGAAAAAACUAACCAAGAAGAAAACAAAGACACCAGUCAAGACAUCUGUUACAACUGUCAACAACGCGGACAUUGGGCCAGUAACUGUCAACAACCCAAACGCAAACAACCCAGAAAAGGAAAAUGCUAUCAAUGUCAACAAGAAGGGCACUGGAAAUCCGAAUGU